UCGCUUCGCUCUCUGCUCGCUCUCGCUGCAUGAAUACUGCCACGAUGUGCUACGCUUGCACGCCGGCUCUGCCCGCCCUUAAGAUGGUCCCUGGCCCCGGCAGGCCUGAGCCCACCGGGCCCCAAUAUUUCACUUUCGAUCCUCUCCCGGAAGCCGGCGAAAGCCCGGCUCCCAAGAACAUCUCCAAAUCGAGCAGGAUCAAGAAGAGAUCCCGGAGGGUGCUUUAUCCCCGAGUGGUAAAGCGCUACUAUCCCACUGAGGAGCGAAGCUACGUCAAACACCUUUUCAUUAUCCUUCUCACUGUCAUCUUCUUCCAAGUCUACAGUGCUGAGGAAGAAUUCGCUGUCGUGGACGCCUCCCAGAACGCAGAGGAAAAUGCCUCUGUCUGCUCCACAGAGAUGAGGGGGUCCCAGGGGGAGAACCUCCUUGAGCAGCUCAUCGUGGCCUCCUUUGAAAUCGAAGAGGCAGCCAAUAGCACCGGUUGGGACUGGGGAGAUUGGGAGGCAGCCGAAUCUGCCAUCGACAUCACUCAGUUCCUGGAGCAGAGGCCAGCUGCUUUCUGAAGACCCCCCCCCCCAAGGGGAGAGGACUGUGAAGGAGGAGCCCAGGCUGUAGUGUUCACAUCUGUCUUGAGAAAAAGCAGAAUUCAAGCCACGAAUGAGUUAAAUGCCGUUUGAAACACAGCCAGCUCCUUCUGGCAUUCUGGAGCAAUCUUGCUCCGAACGCAGCAAGACUGACGUCAAAAGAAACUUGAACCAACACUACAUUUUGAACAGAAAGGGGAAGGUUUUCUUUUUUAAAAAAAUGUUAUUUUAUUUCUGCAGCAGAUCAGACAUCUGGCAGGCAGAGUGAAGGAUGUUAAUUUAAUAUUUAUUUAAUAAUAAUAAUAAUAAUAAUAAUAAUG